AUGGUCACCGGUCCGCUCGCAGAGAUGCUGGCGCGCAACAAAGCUUUUGCGAAAACCUACACGGCCCCGGUCGGCCUGAAGACGAUGGCUAGUGGGAUGCGAAGCUCACGUGCCGGCGUCGUGGUUCUCUCCUGCUCCGAUCCGCGGCUCAAUCCAUACCAGAUACUUGGCAUUGAUUCGACGCUCAAAGCGACAAUGGUGCGAAAUGCUGGUGGCCGUGCCUUCGACGCGAUCCGAACCUUGAGCGUCUUGCAAGCGAUCGGCAAUCCAGCCACAAUUGUGGUAAUGCAUCAUACUGAUUGCGGAUUGACUCACUUCCACGACUCAGACAUCAAGAAGGAUUUGCUGGAGAUCGCUCCGAGCAACGCACAAGAAAUCAACGCUUCUUCUUUCGGAGAAAUUACCAACGGCGUCGAUGCAAGCAUUCGCGAAGAUGUGUCGUUGCUGAGAGCUUCGCCAAUGAUCAGGUCAGAUACGCAGAUCGUUGGCUUGAAGUACGACAUCGAUACCGGCGCGUUGACAGAAAUUUCGGUAUGA